GUUAUUCUUCUAUACAAGGAAGUUUACAGUUGCUAGUAAAGAUUGUCGUACAGUAGCAAAAUACGUGUGAGUACAGUUACAGCCACCUGUAACAUAUAAUAUAAAGUUAUCUUCACUGUAAGACAGCCACAGUAACGGACACCUACUUACGCUAUGGCUCUGUUUGACAACUGUUUUGUGGUUUUGGAGUUGAAGAAUUUGCCUUAUAAGGAGAAGAUUAGGCUGAAGCUGGCAAUAACAGAGAAUGGGGGCAGCAUUUCCUAUGUGAUCAAUAAACAGUGUACUCUCGUAGUGACGAGCAGUAUGUCCAGUCUGAGCUCCAGUCGGGUGCGGAGCAUGAAGAAGCAUCAGACUCCAGUAGUAGGGGUGGAGUAUGUGUCACACUGCCUGGAGAAGGGAGUCCUGCUGCCUGUAGAGGACUACUGCCUGCCCCCCCCUCCCUCUACCUCUCUCAUCCCACCCAGGCCUGCCUCUCCCUUGCCAUCUCAGUCAGUGUUGAAGGGGACAAGCCAGCCGGCUGAAGUUCAGACCCAGACAGUGAAUGCUGUAAAUCAAGCCGAGACGGCGGGGAAUCAGGAGAGUACUUACCUGGGCAAAUUCAGAGUGUAUACUGAAAGUGACAAUGAUCUACCAACAUAUCCAACAAAUUUCCAAGUGGCCAAAUACUCAAUUUUUGGAAAGGCUAACAGCAGCACAUGGUCGGUGUUGGAGCUGCAGAGUGGCAGCGCAGAGGGGGGACAGCAGCAGUACCGUGUGGUGAGGUACUGGAGAGAGGACCAUGGUGCUAAGUCAGCAGUUGUGCAGGACAAGCAGGUGUUCCUCUCCAUGUCAGAGGAGGCUGUGGAGGUCUACCAGACUCUCAGGAAGGAGCUGCAGGUCAGAGGACUCACACUGAGGACCACCCUCCCUCCAGAGGCUCCGGAUCUGGGCUCUGCCAGCCUGCAGCAGCUGCUGCUGGAGGAGAAGCUGAGUUGCAGCAGCCUAUCACAGGAAGUGGGUGUGUUCGUGGAGCUGCUCUGGGCAGAGGCCCUUGGUUGUCUGGACAACGUCCUCAAGGUUCCAAUCACCAGCCUCAGUCUCAACGACGUGAGCAGGGCUGAGGGGCUGCUGCUACAGGUCCAGAGGGAGCUGAGGGCGAGACAGGGGGAGGGGCCAGACACUGAGGUGGCUUCUCUAAUGGAGGAGGUCUACACCCUCCUGCCACACAAAACUGAUCUGUCCCAUCUCCCUCUCCACACUAAACUCAUCUCAUCGAAACUGGACCUCUGCCAGUUGAUCAGAGACGUGCUGAAUGUGAGCGAGGCAACACUGAGAAGCCCCAUCCCUUCUUGUCUGGGGAAGUACCGCGCCCUGAGGUGUAGCAUUGAAAGGGUUCCCCCUGGUCCUGAAUUUCUGUAUGUCACCGAACUUCUACAGGACAGACAGGUGCAGAUCUUGCAGGUGCUGAGAGUAAACAGAGGGGUAGAGCUCCAGAUGUUUAGGGAGGAGCUGGGGAAUGUUAAGCCCCUCCUCCACUCCUCCAGCCCCAGCAGCUUUGUGGGGAUCCUGUCUCGGGGUCUGUUGCUGCCCAGAGUUGGAGUGGAGCAUCAUGGGAUUGAGAGAACAGACAUUGGGAACUUGGGUGGUGGCAUCUACUUCAGUGAUGCAAUCAGUACCAGUUUGAAGUACUCUAAGCCCAGUGUGACGGACGGCAGUCGGCUGCUGCUGGUGUGUGACGUGGCGUUGGGGCGCUGUACUGACCUCCAGAAGAGGGACAGCAGCCUGACUCACUCCCCUGAGGGAUACCACAGUGUACACGGGGUUCGCCACACGCCCAAGAAACCCUCAGAGUUUGACGAUGAUGAGUAUGUGGUGUACAGCCCAGAGCAGGUGAGGCUGCAAUAUGUGGUACAGUUCAGACUGGAGGAGGACCAGCUGAAGGACUUCCAGCCCACCAUAGAUACUUCUUCUACCAAGCUUCCGCUUCCUGUCUCUCCGUCUGACCUCUUGUCCUGUGGUGAGGCCGAGGAGGAUAUCGGGAGCUGUAAGAACCCCCUAGAGGAGGUGACUGCUGGCCUGUUGGACUGCUCUGGACAACCACUCCCCCUACAGGCUGUUCAUGUCAGGGCCAGGCUGAUGGAUCUGCUCUCCCAGGUCAUCAUCUUCCAGACAUACACCAAUCAGAGCACCGCCCCCAUCGAAGCCAAGUACGUCUUCCCAUUGGAUGAUUCUGCUGCUGUGUGUGGCUUUGAGGCCUUCAUCAAUGGGAAACAUGUAAUGGGACAGGUGAAGGAGAAGCAGCAGGCGCGUAAAGAGUAUAAACAGGCCAUAGAGAGAGGCCAUGGAGCUUACCUAAUGGACCAGGAUGCACCUGAUGUUUUCACUAUCAGUGUUGGGAACCUGCCUGCCGGUGCCACCAUCCUUAUCAAAGUUACCUUUGUCACCGAGCUGGUCGUCAUGGAGGGCUUGAUCAACUUCUCAUUGCCCGGUAGUGUGGCGCCAUGGCAACAGAGCUCAGCGCUCAACCAGAGGACUCAGGUGACUUUGGAAAAGGUGUGUGUGACCAACCUGGAUUCCCAAGGGGAGUUCAGUCUGGAUAUGUCCAUUGAGAUGCCCAACGAGAUCAUCAACCUGCACUGUCUCACACACAAAGUCAAGAUCAAGAGGACCGACUGUAAGGCGGUGGUGAGGACAUGUCCAGGUGAGACUCUGGGUCCAGACGGGUUCCUGGUCUGCUUCAGUCUGGCUCAGAUCCACCUACCCAGGAUGUGGGUGGAGAAACACCCAGAUAAAGACAGCCAGGCCUGUAUGCUGGUAUUUUACCCAGACUUUGAGACCUGCCCCACCUCCAGCCCCAUGUCCGGAUCCAGUGAGGUGAUCCUGCUGUUGGACUCGUCUGAGUCCAUGAGAGGAGAAGCUCUCCAGAACGCCAGGAGAAUCGCCCUGCAGCUUCUGAAUACCCUGGACCACCACAGCAUUCGAGUCAAUGUCAUCUCCUUUGGCUCAGACCAGAAGGAUGCUUUUCUCUCUGCCAACCCUCUAGUCGAGGCCCUCCAACCAGCCAAGAAGUUCAUCAUGUCCUCCUCACCUGUUGGGGGCAGCACUGAGCUGUGGAGGCCCCUGCGCAGCCUGAGUCUGUUGCCUCCGUCGCAGGGCGUGAGGAACCUGCUGCUGUUAUCAGACGGUCACGUCCAGAACCAAGCCCUGACCCUGCAGCUGGUCAGACAGCAUGCCCAGCACAGCCGCCUCUUCACCUGCGGCCUCAGCCCAACAGCUAAUCGGCACAUGUUGCGGGCCCUGGCCCAGGCAGGGGGAGGGGCCUAUGAGUUCUUUGACACAAAGACAAAGCACACCUGGCGAGAGAAGGUGGCGUGCCAGGUGAAGCGCAUCGUGUCUCCAGGCUGCAGCUCUGUGUCUGUGAAGUGGCAGCAGUUUAACCCCUCAGCUCCCCCCCCUGUUCAGGCGCCCUCUCAGCUCCACGCACUCUUCACUGACUGCCACACCCUGGUCUACGGCUUCGUGCCACACUGUACACAGGCCACUCUUCUUGGAGACCUGAGUGGUCAGAACAUUGAGACAAUGGUGUCCACCACUGAGCUACAGAAAACCAGGGGCACGUUCCUUCAUAAGCUCACAGCGAGGGCCGUUAUCAGAGACUAUGAGGAUGGCAGUCUUCACACCAACGAGGCUGAACAUGAGGGGAAGAAAUCAGUGAUGAAGUCCUUCAUCAUUGAGCUGAGCAAAGAGUUCUCCAUCCUGUCUCAGUUCACCAGCUUUGUUGCCAUCGAGGAGAGGGACUCAGAGCAGCCUGACGUGGGCUUCACAGAUGUUCCCAAACUGAUCUCAGACGAGGACAUCGACUUCUUACCUUACCUUAGCUGGCAGCAGGAGGAAUAUGAGGGAGAUGGGAUGGACUCGGGAUCAGACUCAAUGUCAAACUUGCUGAAUGGUGGGCCAGAGCAUGUUUUAUGCAGAAAUAUCUGUCUCGAGGAGAGGUGGAUGGGGGAGGAGCGUGAAUCGAUGUUUCAACUCCAGGUGGAUGAUGACUCAUGGGAAGGAUCUGUGUACUUACGUUCCAAAUGUCUCAAUCAGAGGGCUACGGAUGAGGUGCCUCUUGGUAGGAGUCUUAAUUCCUCUUGCUUAAUGGGCUAUAUGGACCUCGCCAGCCCAGUGACCUUGUCCGCUGCUACCGAACUUCUAGAUAUGACUUUGAAGAGUGAAGGAGCUGUGACGGAUGAAGAGAUGGAGUGCUUUGAUUACAUGGAAUGUGAACAGAUGAAGACAGAUUUCAUUCCUGAGCUGUCUGGGACCAUCUUCUCUCAACAAAAGACAGUGAGGAUUGCGAAGAGUAGAGAGGGAGACUUUAGACGGGCGGACAGACACAGGAAGGUUUGUGCCGGUCCGGCAUUUGACCCUGUAGAGACACAGAAGUCGUCCCUCUCUGUUGCUGAUGUGCCUCGUCCUCCUCCCUCUGUUCAUCAUCUUCAGAUCAAGUCUUGCGUUGUUGCUGAUGCUCUUCCUCCUCCACCCCCUGCUUCUGCCCUCAGUUCUCCUGGUCCUCCUCCAUCUCGACUGCAGUCUUUCUCUGCCACAGUUUCAGAUGCUCUUCCUCCUCCACCCCCUGCUCCUGUCCUCUGUUCUCCUUGUCCUCCUCCAUUUCGACCUCAGUCUUUCUCUGCCGCAGUUUCAGAUUCUCUUCCUCCUCCUCCACCCCCUGCUUCUGUCCUCAGUUCUCCUGGUCCUCCUCCAUUUCGACUGCAGUCUUUCUCUGCCGGAGGUUCAGGUUCUCUUCCUCCUCCCUCUGCUCUUGUCUCCAAUGAGUUGCGAGCAAUUACAUACGUGAUGGGAGUUCAUGCCAGACCUGGAGUUGGGGCUAUCUCCCAUACUGCAACCUUCCCGAAACUACGAGCUGGUGGGGACUUGCUACUUUCCAAACCCCGAGAGCCCUAUCCUGUGGAACUGUCAAUGUGUGAGACUAGCAAAAUGUGGACCUUGGAUAAUAGCUUAUCCGAGGAUAAGGAUUGUGGACUAGUGGAAAUGGACCACUGGCAACCUUCUGUUGUCCCUGCCUCUGUGCCCCCUUCAGGGUUUGGUUUUGGGGGCGGAAGGGCAGGUUCUCAAAGCAGACAACCUCACGGCUCUUUGUUUGGGGCCAGUGCAUGUUACAUUCCAGGUUUAUAUGAGGCUUCUUCAGCAGGCGGAACACCUCUUGGAGGCUCAGCCAGAUCAAUGGGGUUAAGUUUUGAGGCACCACUUACUGGCGGACACCUCAGCUCCCUUUCACCUACCACUCAUGGUGCCUAUCUGACCCAACCUUUAGGGGACUUAGUUGGAUCCUCUCAGUUUGGUAGCUCUCUCAGUACACUACAACAACAUAAUGUACUACCACAAGCACAAAAAGCUCUGGAUAUGAAAAAAAAAGGAAAAAAACUUGUCGGAGACAGUGAAAGGGGGGGAGGCCUUGAAUUCAGGAAGAGAGGUCUUGAAUUCAGGAAGAAUACUCUUGAUGUAGUAAAAUGGACAGAGAUUUUUGCCCUCCAGCACUCGGAAGGUUACUGGGAGUGCUCUGCCAGCCUGGGCUACCUCCUCGGUGUGGAUGUGGACUACUUUGCAAAUGUCUUCCUGAAGAAUAGAGGCAUCAGCUCUCUAGGUGUGAGGGCCCAUGCUGACAUCCUGAGGCUGGUGGCCAGUCUGCUGGUGCUGCAGCUGAUGAGGGUGAGGAGGCUAGAUGAGGGGAAGCUGCUGCUCAGCCUGUUCCGUCUGGACCUGGACCACUCUCCUCCUCAGCCCAGGUGUGAGCGCUGGGAGGCGGUGAGGAGGGCGGUGGACUGGGUGUGUUGGGCAGAUAGGGAGUACCCGUGUGUGUGCAGCAGGCUGGAGUUUGGCUGGGACUGGGAGUCGUCCACACGGCAGCUCCUGGGCAUCGACCCCCCGCACCCCCUCUCUCCCCUCAUCCUCCUCGGGACCACAGGGGGAGUGAGGGCCCAAUGACUUCCAGAAGGAGAAAGGUGUAUGACCAGUAUAUACAUCGGCAGCUAUUGCUUUUACUAUUUCAGUUAUUACGAGGUUAAGGUACUAUGCUAUACUGAUAACCUCUUCAGUGAUGAAAUCAGUUUUAUAAUUACAAAUCUUUGCAUUUAAAGGUGUGAUUUUAUGUUUUCUCAAAAUACAAGAGCAAUCAUUUCUAAAAUGUAUUGAUACUCCUCAAUCUAUGGCCAUGUUCUAUAUCCAUACAGCUGUCAUUGUGUGAUUUCAGACCUUG